CCCUCACCAUAGUACGUACUCCUGUACAACAAGUUCAGUGACCAUAACACCAGCUUUGAUUUAACCGCGCCUCAGUCACGUCUUGCUACUCAACAAAGUGAAGAUGCCUGAAGGCGCAAAGUCAAAGAACAAGAAGAAAGCCAAGGGUGCCACCGGCCCCAAGGGAAUUGAGGGCAAGGCUCUAAACAAAAUCCAAGGCAAUGGUCAGGACCGAGCCCCGGAGGACACCGAGGCAGCCGCGCAACCAAGCGAGAGCGACAACGAUAAGAAUGAUUCUACCGAGGCCCUAGUUGCCAAAGAGAGCGCAGAUAGAGAUGAACCAACCGGAGAUUCACCGACUGAGACGACUGACGAUCGGACAAUUACUUCGACUAGCCAUCCGACUAACCCCACAGGCCAUGGGAGCGAUCCCACCAGCUCCGAGGCUCUCCAGUCCAACGACCGGUUUGAUGCCCUAGUUCGAGAUCGGGAUACUUUACGCGCGGAAGUGGCAGACAUGCGCAAGUCAUUGGAGGAAAUCCAGUCGAAACACCACGCGGAGAUGGAAGCUCUGCAGGGGAGGAUAGAUGACGCCGAAAACAAGAAAGAACAUGCAGAGUUGCAAUUCCAGAAGCUCCUGGAAAGAGUGAACACAAUCAAGUCUCAACUUGGCGAGAGAUUGAGGGAAGAUGCUGAAGAGCUUGCACAGGCUAGAUCGAAGAUUGAUGAAUUGGAGGAGGAAAACACAAGCAUCAAGAAUCGAUUCCAAGCGAAGUGUGGCGAGCUCGAGCGGUUGUCGGAAGACAGUAGGAACAUGUCACAGGAGCUUUCGACCUUGCGAGACCGUACAAAUCUGUCCCAGCAAAAUUGGUUGAAAGAGAAGGAAGAGCUCCUGGAACAAGAGAACUAUCUUCAGUCAGAGUUCGAGCAAGCCAAGGAGGCCAUGCACAACUGGGAAGUCCUCGCUAUGGAGGAGCGGUCCAUUCGGGAAACCCUCGAAGUGAAGGUGGUAGAUCUCGAGGAACAGCUUGCAAGCGUCAAAGAUGCCUACGAGAAAGCAUCUACUGAACGUGACUCUCAGGUGGCUGCAGUAGACGGACUACAGCGAGCUCUGCAGGAAAUCCAAACUACGCGCAAACAGGAACUUCGUGAGCUCGUGGAGAAUUCCGACGCGCAGCUCGAGGAGUUGAAGCAGAGUCUUCAAGAAGCAAUGAAGAAAGCCCUCGACGCCGAAAAAUCUCUUCAAGACGCUCAGGGCGAGCUCGAAAGAGUUCGGCCAUUCGAGAAAGAAGUCAAAGAGAAGAACCUCUUGAUAGGGAAGCUCAGGCAUGAAGCGGUGACACUCAACGACCAUCUGACGAAAGCUCUGCGCUUCCUCAAGAAAGGGAAGCCGGAAGACAACGUCGACAGACAUAUCGUAACAAAUCACCUCCUGCAUUUUCUUGCUCUUGAUCGGUCGGAUCCCAAGAAGUUCCAGAUCUUGCAACUCAUUGCCGCGCUCCUUGGCUGGACAGAUGAGCAGCGUGAGCAGGCUGGUCUGGCGCGUCCAGGAACAUCGAGCAUUUCUGGAAAAUUGAGAGUUCCAAGCACACCCAUGCAUCGUACGCCAAGCAGCCAAACCUUGGCUUCGGAAUUCCUUGACAAUGGGAACGCGAGUAAAGAAUCAUUGGCGGAGUUGUGGUCCAACUUCCUGGAGCAGGAGUCACAGAAUGCGGAAAUGACACAUCCAAAGCCGUGAGGCUAGUUCCGCUUUCAUCGAGACCGAUAGUCUGUGGCCUUUCGGAUUGAAUUACUACUUGUGUGAAUAACAUUUGCGCCUCUAUCGCAUUCCGCCUCUUGCU